UUAAAAAGGCAUCAUACGUCCAAUGCAACUGCUCAGUACAAAUUACCCCCAAAAAAUAAUGACCUUAGCCAGAAGAUAAACAAGAUACGCAGAUAAAUCAGCCGAUGCCAUCAAUUGACCCAAAAACCUACCUCCACCUCAUAGACAGGCACCCCACUUCCCUCCCCAAGCUCUUACAAAUCCAAGCCUCCCUCACAACCUCAGGCCUCCUCUCCUCCCACCCUUUCCUCCUUUCACAACUCAUCCAAACGAACGCAUUCUGCUUCUCUCAUGCCCACCAAAUACUCUCUCGCUCUCAAUCCCACUCCCGCUUCCCCUUCAACGCCCUUCUCAGGGCCCUCUCUCUUUCUCGUUCCCCUCUCAAUGCCCUCCACCUGUUUGCCAAAAUGCUCCACCCAAACUCCCCCAAACCCAACUCCUCGUCCUUCACCCUCGCACUCAAGGCCUGUGCUCUUUCUGACUCUCGUAGUGGCGCCAGGGCCGUUCAUGCCCUCGCCAUCGUCAUGGGCUACCAAUCGAGUGCCCAUGUUGUCAACACCGCAUUGCAUGCUUACGCUUCGUGCAGCGACAUAGCUUCGGCUCGCGUGCUCUUUGGUGCUAUUCCUUCAUUUGAUGUGAUUAAGUGGAAUGCGAUGAUAUCGGGGUAUGUUCAGAAUGGUCUUUUAGAUGAGGCUUUUGAGUUGUUUCGGCGAAUGUGGGAGAUAGGAAUUGUGCCUACUGAUGUUACGGUCAUCAGCGUGCUCUCGGGUUGCGCUAGGCUGAAGAAUUUUAUAUUGGGAAGGCAAAUUCAUGGGUUUGUAAGCAAAAGACUGAUGCAAUUUGAAAGAGAGGUUAAUAUAGGCACUGCCCUGUUGGAUAUGUAUGCAAAAUGUGGUUGCUUGGACUUGGCUAAGCAAGUGUUUGAUUUGAUGAGGAGGAGGGAUACUGGUGUUUGGAAUGCUCUUAUAGCUGGCUACGUCUCUAAUGGCUAUUUUUGCGAAGCGAUUCAGAUAUUUGAUGAUUUGCAAGCAUCGGGACUGAGCCCUGAUGCCCCAACAUUGGUUAGCGCAUUGUGCGCAUGUGCACAUUUGGGUGCACUUAAUAUUGGGAAGAGGAUUCAUGUAUAUAUAGACAAGAAAUAUCCAUGUUUCAAUGCAAUUUUAGGGACUUCUUUGAUCGACAUGUACUCAAAAUGUGGAUGCAUUGAGAUAUCAAGAGAAGUAUUUAAUAAAAUAAGGAAAAAGGAUGCAAUGGCAUGGACUUCGAUGAUUGGAGCACUUGCAGCUCAUGGGCAUGCUGUUGAUGCACUCAAACUGUUUGAUUCGAUGAAAAAGCAUGGUUUUAAGCCAGAUGGGGUCACCUUUGUUGGUGUGCUGAAUGCUUGUCGACAUGUUGGGUUAGUAGAGGAAGGAUUGGGCCACUUCAAAUCAAUGAAGAGAGACUAUGGGAUAAAACCGAGAGUGGAGCAUUAUGGAUGUAUGAUCGAUCUUUAUAGUAGAGCGGGGCGCUUAGGGGAAGCCUUGGAGUUGAUCGCAUCGAUGGAGGUGGAUGCCAAUCCUAUCAUUUGGAGAAGUUUUCUUAGUGCCUGUAGGUUAAAUUUGGAUGUUGAACUGGCUGAGGUUGCAUUGGAGAAGUUAAAGAAGAUGCAAUCGGGUCAUUGUGGGGAUUAUGUGCUGCUUUCGAAUAUAUAUGCAUUUAAAGGGAGGUGGGAGGAUGCGAGGAGAGUGAGGAGUUGGAUGAAGGAAGAAGAGAUAAGGAAGAAGCCUGCUUUCAGCUUGAUUUAAUUCC